CAUAACUCCUCACUUUUGAUAAAACUCAAAGGACAAAAACUACUCGGAUAAUACUUUGACCCUACUCUUAAAGCACAAGGGCCAUUUUGUUCAUUUUCUCUAUAUUUUAUGGUCUUCAACCUUAGAGGUGCAGUUGAAUUAAAAAAAAAAAAAAAAAAAAAAAGAGAGAGAGGGAGACUAGCAUAACAAUGAGUUUUCCAACGAAGAAAGGGGGAUGAUGAAACCAUUGAGUCAUAUGUGAAAAGAUUGAAAUCGGCAGCAAUCGACAGUCCAAUAUCAGAUUCGGACAUGGUGUUGCAACUUCUUGCUGGUUUGCCUAGUGAAUACGAGAUCCUCAAGAAAAUAAUAUCAUCAAGGUGGCCUCUCCCCACUUUUGAAGAUGCUUGUUCCAUGGUGUCCAUGCAGGAACGCAAAUUUUUGCAGGAUCAUCACGAGGGACAAAAUACAACUGAUCCUCGCGUUGGUGGUGAAGAGGAGUCGUCUUCUUUUUUUACCCUAGAGACGGGGGUUACUAUAGCGGGUAUAGUGGGUUCUUUACUGGGUGCAUUUGGUUUUGGGGGUGCAUCGAGGAUGAUUGCAAUUGGUUCAAUGAGUGCAGUGGGUGCAGCCUGGCUGGAAAAUUUGGCAGACGCCAAAAAAAAAGUGAUUAAUGAUAUGAAUAGAGCUCUAGUCUUAUUGUCAACUACCCUUGUUUCCUUUUUGUGUUUGUUGUUUUAAGUAAAUGGAUCUAACUAAUCUUCAUCUUCAAAAGCUUGAAUUGUUACUCCUAUUUAAAGUUUGAAUUUGAGAUGUAUGACAUGCAACAUGAUGUGAAGUUGAAGUUGUAUUA